GGUAGUGUCACGGCAUAGACCGCCGCAGGCGCGCUCCUGCGCAUGAUGGUGGAGAGCGGGAGGAGGUCCCGGACGGGGAGACCUGGUCCUCCGGAAAGGGAGUUCCCUGGCGGCGUCCGAUUUCCCCAGUUUCCUCCACACACGUCCCUCCUUUCGGGUUCCCUCCACGCCGUUCCUUCUGUCUUGGUUCCCGGUGCACUCCUGCACCUGUGUUUCCUAGUUCCUCCUCUGAAUAGUUGGGCUUCUUGUCAGUCCUUCGACCUUACCUUUUUCCCUUAAUUUUUCAUUCAAAUGCUUUUUUAAAAGAGCAAGCAAUAGAUAAAGAACUUUACGGACGGCGUGAGUUCCGACGUGGACUGUCAUUUAAUGGUUGAGUUGUUUGGGGUAUGUCGAGUAACCCACCCGGGUUGGAUUCCGUAUCUGGAAAACGGGCAGGACUAGGUGGCAGCUGCCUCAGAGUUGAUCCUGGAGGACCAGUGGUGCACUUGACCUCAGCAGAUGGCUCAGCGACUUCUCCUGAGGAGGUUCCUGGCCUCUGUCAUCUCCAGGAAGCUCCCCCAGGGUCGGUGGGCACCCCUCACCUCCAAGGCCUUGCAGACCCCCAAAUGCUGUUCUGGUGGCCUGACAGUAGCACCCAGCCCAUCCCGGACAAUAUAUACCACCAGAGUCUGUUGGACAACCUUUAAUGUCCAGGAUGGACCUGACUUUCAAGACCGAGUUGUUAACAGUGAGACACCAGUGGUUGUGGAUUUUCAUGCACAGUGGUGUGGCCCCUGCAAGAUCUUAGGGCCACGGUUAGAGAAGAUGGUGGCCAAGCAGCACGGGAAGGUGGUGAUGGCCAAGGUGGACAUUGAUGACCACACGGACCUCGCCAUUGAGUACGAGGUCUGUAAUAAAGAACUUUAUGUGGUCCCUUCUACCUCCUGCUGGGAAGAACAGACCCUGGGCCCCACACUGAACCCCGCAGCCACCCUGUCCCUGCCUCCCAGAGAGCCGCCCUUCUCCCAUCCUUCCCUCCCAGGCACCAGGGCACUGUCUGCAGGAGCCCUGGAGGCCCUUGACCGGAAGGCUCCAGGUGCACCCGCCCUCACUGUCCACAGCCCCUGGCUCUCAGCAGAAGACUGCACUGUGAACAAAUCAGACCAAUAAAACCAGGGUUUGCACUGA